AUGAAACCCACCUGUCGUCGAUGCUACAACUACGGGAAGCCGUGUCUUGGAUACACUGACCAAUUCGACUUUCGUCAUUCGUCGCAAAAGACCAAAUCUACACGAGCCCCAUCUACCUCAGCAAGCCCACCGGGACCUGAAGAGAACCAGGUGAUCGUAUCGCCAAAACAAUGCACACAAGCAGCACGUCCCAGGGUAGAUACCAAUGACCAACUUUCCGUCUCCAUCGUUCGACAACCGAGUGAAUCGUACGACAACGUGUCGCUAUUUUAUUUUAUCCGUCGCUUCGUGUCUCCCGACGAUACCGACGGCUUCCCUGGCCACUUCAGCUUCCUCCCCGACCUGUAUGACCAUUACAAACAUGGCAUGCUCGAAACAGCCACUCUCAGCGUAUCUCAAAUGGCGGCGUAUAACCAUCUCGGAGGCGAGGAACUUCGAACACAGUCUUUGAGGAAUUAUAUUAGCGCCAUUCGAAGCCUACAACAGAAUAUCAAGUCGGAUGACCAGGCGAUUGAUGACAGGGACAUCAGCGGAGAGGGCUUAGGCGAUGCCAGUGAGCACGCCCCGGGGCUUUUCUAUCUCUUGGAAAGGCGAGGGCCGGGGCAGAUCGGAACGAGAAGAGGGGCAGAGCUGUUUUUGCUUGCUCUUCUUCGACUACAAAUUUACUCCUUUUUGCGCGAGGACGACAACUAUAGUGACCCUGGUGCCAUAGCCACUGUGAUGGGCCUCUUCGACCCUCUUCUCCGAGCCUUAUCCAUGAUGUCGAGGACUCUAGCAAUACGCCAUCGUCUAGCAAAAUACAUCGAGGGCGAUACACGAGACAAUCAAGCGGGCAGCCCUUCCUCAGCUUUUCAAGGCAGCACAGAUCCAGACGAAGAGAACCUCUUGGUAAUGGAAUGCUUCGAAAUGCUCGACGACUUCUAUACCUGGGACGAAGAGGCCGCGUCAUACUGGCAAACUAAUUUUGAGGGCCGUGGUGUGCCGACAGCUCUGGGCAAAAUGGGAUCCGGAAGCACUUUUUAUGACGCCGAGACAGCGUGCAUCAUCAUCCUGGUCCGCUCUGCGCGUCUCAUCCUAUUGUUGACCGUGGUUCUAUAUCACAGCAAGCUCCAGUCGGCUGGCAAUACAGCAAAUGGCAGCUACGGGGCCUUCUGGGCAGAAUGUAUCCCAGUUCUCGAGGCUGACUUGGGGAAAACCAUUCAAGAUAUGCUUUGCAGUGUGCCAUAUGCUCUCGGUGACAUCGGUCCGGGUGGUAUGCCUACUACUAUGCCAUACGACGGGGCCGCUGCAAUGAUCAUUGUUCACUCCAUCAGACUGAUCUCGCACUGCGCAUAUGCAACGCCGGCCCAGCUUGAGAGGGCGGAUAUUAUUUUGAAGAGAAUGAACUCGGCAAUAGGAAUCAGGUCUGCGGUUGGAUGGAUGGAUAGGGGAGGCGAAGAGCAUCGAUGGGCGCGCGAGCAAGCUUUCCUUCGUCCACUGAUGGCCUCGCCCAGUCCGAGCUACUGUGAAGCAUUGGAUCAGUCUUCAGUGGCCCUUGAUAUGUUGUUUUAG